AUGGCAUAUCUAGCUCCUAUUCACAGGCCAAGCAGUGUGCGCCAUGCUCUCAAGCUAAAUCUUCUAGACCCGGAGGAGGAAUGCCUUGUACUUGCGAAAGCAAACAGAGUGGAGAUAUGGACCUUGUCACCAGAAGGUCUGGUGAUGGUUCACUCCCAAGCCAUCUGCGGCCGUGUCUCAAUGCUCGAAAAGAUCCGGCCCGCUGGAGCCACGACCGACCACCUCUUCAUAGGCACCCUCCGAUUCCAAUACUUCACUGUGGUUUGGAAUCCCGAAACACGGCAGCUCGAUACCGUUCAAUCGUUUGUUGAUGUGGCGGAGAGGCAUGUGGCAGCUUCACAAAGCCGGGAUAGAUGCCAUGUAGAUCCCACGGGUCGACAGUUGGUUAUGGAGCUCUUUGAAGGCAUUUUAAACCUCGUCAAGAUCGUCAAGCCUCGGAAGGAAGGGAUGGGUUACUUGGACACCCCCGAACAGAUUCGAAUCACGGAGCUUAAGGUCCGGGCGAUGACAUUUCUCUAUACAGAGACGAAGCAACCGAAACUCGCGAUAUUGUACGACACCGCGAAGAACCCCCCAGAUUUGCGACUAGCUACAUAUAGAGUGACAGAUGAGAAGGGACAGUACUUGCCGUUCGAUCCGAAUAGGAAUCGGGAGAACGACAUUGGGGAUUUGGAUAUGGGUGCUAGCCAUCUCAUACCGGUUCCAAAGGGCGAAGUAGAACAAAGGAGAUACAUUGUUAGGAACGCAGCGUCAGCGAAAGCACAACUAGGCGGGGUUAUUGUGGUUGGUGAGACGAAGAUGACAUAUUUGGACGACGAGAGUAAGGCAAUAGUGGAGUACGCGCUAGAAGAAGCUUCGAUUUUCGUCGCCUGGGAACGAUAUGAUGACUUGAACUAUCUGUUGGCGGAUGAUUACGCUCGCCUUCAUCUGUUAACACUUACUGUCGAUGGUGCUGUGGUGACGGGUAUGAGGAUGCGAGUACUGGGGAAGAUCACCAAAGCUACGGUGAUGGUACAUAUGGGGGAUGGUGUCCUCUAUAUCGCUUCUCACGAGGGGGACUCUCAGGUUGUCCGUCUAAGCCUCGAACCAGAUGAACCUAGCAUUGAAGUUUUGCAAACUAUGGCAAAUGUCGCCCCUAUCUUGGAUUUCGCUGUCAUGGACAUGGGUGGCCGAGAUGGGGAAACUCAGACGAACGAGUACUCGUCAGGCCAGGCUAGACUAGUGACUGGCAGUGGAGCAUGGGAAGGGGGAAGUCUGAGAAGUAUCCGAAGCGGAGUGGGAUUGGAAGAUGUUGGUAUCCUGGCUGAUAUGGAGGAUAUAAGCGGCCUUUUCUCCCUACGUUCAAAUGAAGGAUCCCAAGCCGAUGAUAUAGCAAUCGUCUCGUUCCCAGUCGAAACCCGCGUGUUCAAAUUCGAUUCGCAAGGGGAAGUUGAAGAACUGGAGAGCUUUAGAGGGUUUUCACUUGACCAACCCACUCUAUUGGCAAGGAAUCUACCUAGGGGCUUGAUGUUACAAGUCACUACCUCAUCAGCCACACUUCUUGGUACCAAUGGCAUCGGUUCGCGGUGGACACCACCUCCCGGCCAGACAAUUACAGCUGCCUCUGCAAGUGACGAUUAUCUGUUGCUUUCGGCGAAUGGUAUCACUCUGGUUUCACUGGAUAUUCAGCGGGGUCUGCAAGAGGUUGCAGUGCAGAAUCUGGGGAAUGAGAAUCAAGUAGCAUGCAUUCACGUUCCUGAUCAGAUCCCAAACAUUGGGGCCGUUGGGUUCUGGAAAUCUGGGUCGGUCUCAAUCCUGAAUCUAACAAAUCUGGAGGUUCUUUAUUCCGAGGAUCUUCGCAGAAUAGAUAGUACAUCUAUUCCUAGAAAUAUAGCCUUGACUCAAGUGCUUCCUGAAGCCUUUUAUGGGCCAACCUUAUUCGUCGCUAUGGAGGACGGCAUUGUACUAACGUUCAAUGUUGACAAGAGCGACUAUUCGCUGUCGGGCAGGAAAAGCAUCGUUCUCGGGACGCAGCAAGCUCAGUUCCAGAUCCUACCACGGAAGGAUGGUCUCUUCAACGUGUUUGCAACUUGCGAACAUCCUAGCCUGAUCUACGGAUCUGAGGGUCGGAUCGUCUACUCUGCUGUCACGGCCGAGAAUGCAACACAUGUCUGCUCGUUUAACAGCGAAGCGUACCCCAAUUCAAUUGUGGUGGCCACGCCCGAGAACCUGAAGAUCUCUCAGAUCGAUUCCGAAAGAAGGACGCAUGUCAGAACGCUUCCAAUAGGUGAGACGGUCAGGAGACUCUGUUACUCACCCAAAGAGCGGGCUUUCGGUAUUGGCUGUAUCAAGAGAGAACUAGUCAAGGGAGAAGAAAUUAUUACCAACAGCUUCAGGCUCGUGGAGGACGUUGUGUUUGGAGAGAUGGGCAGGCCUUUUAUUCUUCGAGACACGAACGGCGAUGAGCUGAUCGAGUGUAUCAUUCGUGCCGAACUCCCAACUGAAUACGGCGACAAGGCACCUGUGGAGAGGUUCAUCGUCGGGACAAGCUACGUGGAUGACGAGACCAAGGAUACCAAUGUAGGGGGUCGAAUACUGGUCUUCGGGGUUGACAGCGAAAGCAACCCUUAUCUGGUUAUGAGCCACGUAUUGAAGGGCGCAUGCAGAACCCUCGCCAUCCUCGAUGGGAAAAUCGUGGCUGGUUUAGUCAAGACAGUCGUGAUGUACAGAUACGAAGAAACGACCGAAGCGUCAGCACGGCUAGUAAAAUUAGCCACCUACCGGACAUCGACAUGCCCCAUUGCCCUAGACGUUUCCGGGAACAUCAUCGCCGUAGGAGACGUGAUGAAAUCCAUCUCCCUAGUAGAAUACACGCCCGGGAAAGAAGGCCUCCCCGACAAGCUCGAAGAAGUAGCCAGGCACAUGGAAUCCUCCUGGACGACGUCCGUCGCACAUAUCGAAGGACACUCUUAUCUCACAAGCGACCAAUAUGGAAACCUCCUAGUGCUGAGACGUAACGUGAACGGCGUCACGCUGGAGGAUCGCAAGAGGAUGGAGAUGACUAGCGAGAUGAAUCUUGGGGAGCCUGUCAACAAGAUCGUUCAGAUCCAGGUCGAGCCCUCUCCGAAUGCUAUGGUUAUCCCCAAGGCAUUCCUAGCUACUACCGAAGGAUCCAUCUACCUCUUCUCCCUAAUCUCGCCCAGCUCGCAAGACCUACUCAUGCGACUCCAAGACCGGAUGAGCAGCACGAUCCGCACGCUCGGCGAUCUCGACUUCAUGCAGUACCGCUCCUUCAAGAGCGAUACCGUGGAGCACGACGCCCCGUAUCGCUUCGUGGAUGGUGAGCUGAUUGAGAGGUUUUUGGAUCUGGCAGAUCAUGUGCAGGAGGAGAUUUGUAGGGGGUUGGGACCGAGUGUUGAGGAUUUGAGGAAUUUGGUCGAGGAGUUGAAGAGGUUGCAUUAG